AUGGCUAAGAAAGGCGGAAAGGUUGAACACGAAUGCAGGACAUCGGGAGUGGUGGUAGAGAAGAUGGCUGAAUACAUGGAGACGGAUGAGUGCAUCAAGGCAUGCGGUGUUGAUAGGAAGGCAAUUGGAAUUUCCUCUGAUACCCUCCUUGACCCUCGAGUUCUCAAUAAGCUUUGUUCAACUGCUUGUUACCACAAGUGCCCUAACAUUAUUGAACUUUACUUCAACAUGGCUGUUGGAGAAGCUCUGGGAGGAAUUGCUGCAUGUGGGGGGAGAGAGGUCUCAAUUUCAGUUUUUGAACUAGAGGAGAAAAUGGAAAAUUUAGACACGCGUUUGUCAAAAAUUGAGAUAUCAAAGAGGCUUUCAGGGGUUUUAGGUUGUAUUUCUUAA